GUGCACAUUCUCGGGCGCCUCGUCACUUCCCCUGCGCUGGCCCUCCCGGUGCUCACUGAGCGGACUCCCUGACCGCGGCCGGCCGGGCCAUGGCCGCAGGGGCGCUGCUGCUGCUGCUGCUGGGGGCUCUGGGGGCGCCGUUCGCCCCGGGCGCCCGCGGCUCGGAGGCAGAGGGCCGGCUCCGGGAGAAACUUUUCUCGGACUAUGACAGCUCGGUGCGGCCGGCGCGGGAGCUCGGGGAGCGCGUCGGGGUCAGCGUCGGCCUCCGGCUGGCGCAGCUCAUCAGCCUGAACGAGAAGGACGAGGAGAUGACCACAAAGGUGUACUUAGACCUGGAGUGGAAGGACUACAGGCUGAGCUGGGACCCCGCCGACUACGAAGGCAUCGAUUUGCUCCGCAUCACCGCUGCAUCCGUGUGGCUCCCGGACGUGGUGCUGCUGAACAACAACGACGGGAAUUUUGGCGUCGCGCUGGACAUUAACGUCGUGGUGGCCUCCGAUGGCUCGGUGCGCUGGCAGCCCCCUGGCAACUACCGCAGCAGCUGCAGCAUCCAGGUCACCUACUUUCCCUUUGACUGGCAGAACUGCACCAUGGUGUUCCGUUCCUAUAGCUACGACAGCUCCGAGGUCAGCCUGCACACUGGCGCGGGUCCAGAUGGGCAGGACCGGCAGGAAGUGUACAUUCAUGAAGGGACCUUCAUCGAGAAUAGCCAAUGGGAGAUCAUCCACAAGCCUUCUCGGCUCAUCCCGCCUCCAGGGGAUCCCAGGGGCUCGGGGGAAGGACAGCACGAAGAAGUCACCUUCUACCUCAUCAUUCGCCGGAAGCCUCUCUUCUACCUGGUCAAUGUCAUUGCGCCCUGCAUCCUCAUUACCCUCCUGGCCAUCUUCGUCUUCUACCUGCCGCCAGACGCAGGAGAGAAGAUGGGGCUCUCAAUCUUUGCCCUGUUGACUCUUACUGUGUUCCUGCUGCUGCUGGCAGACAAAGUGCCUGAGACCUCGCUGGCUGUCCCCAUCAUUAUUAAGUACCUCAUGUUUACCAUGGUCCUCGUCACCUUCUCAGUCAUCCUUAGCGUUGUUGUUCUCAACCUGCACCAUCGCUCACCUCACACCCACCAGAUGCCCUUUUGGGUCCGUCAGAUCUUUAUCCACAAGCUCCCUCUGUACCUGGGACUGAAGAGGCCCAAAUCUGAGAGAGACCAGAAGCCGGAGCCACCUCCUGUAGCCCUCAGGGAGCCUCCGGGAAGUGGCUGGGGUCGGGGAACAGAUGAAUAUUUCAUCCGGAAACCACCGAAUGAUUUUCUCUUCCCCAAACCCAACAGGUUCCAGCCUGAAUUGUCUGCCCUGGAUCUACGGCGAUUUAUCGACGGCCCCAGCCGGGCCGCGGGCCUGCCCGCCGAGUUGCGGGAGGUCGUCUCCUCCAUCAGUUACAUCGCCCGGCAGCUGCAGGAGCAGGAGGACCACGACGCGUUGAAGGAAGACUGGCAGUUUGUGGCCAUGGUAGUGGACCGCCUCUUCCUGUGGACCUUCAUCAUCUGCACGAGUGUCGGGACCCUCGUCAUCUUCCUGGACGCCACAUACCACUUGCCCCCGCCCGACCCCUUUCCUUAGGACCUAGAGCACAGACCCAAGUCCUCGGCCAGCUGAGUUGAGAGUUUGGUCCUAUCCCUUCCUGCCUCUUAGCUCCUUUCCUAGGGAUCCAGUCAUGUCAUUUUGUUUCCAGGGAAAACCCAAGUGGGACUGGGCAUACGGAAGCCUUGAGCCCACCAGAGAUGCAAUAUCAGCUUAUUUACCCCUUGGCUUCUUAAAGAAACUCCUUUGACUAUCAACACCCAGGGUUCCAGUAAAAAGGAACAAAAAAACAAGACUGUAAGCCUUAUGAGUGCAGGAACUGUGUCUUGGAUCCCAGCACCUAGCCCAUGUCCUGCUUAACAGUUGUUGAAUAAAUAGGAAACUUUUUUUCUGGAAAGAAAUACAACAAUUAAUAGCACUUACAUUUGCAUGUUGGGACUAGUGGUCAUUUUUGUUUUUAGCAUUCUGUAACGUAAUAUGUUUUGAAAUAAGUAUUAUCUUUAAGAUAAGGGGGGAAAAGGUUAUUUCUAAAAGGAUGUAUUUGUAAUGAGAAAAAGCGCACUUAAAAAAAUCUUCCAGUUCCAGCUACGGUGCUUUAACUUUGGACAAGCUACUAAACUGCUCUGAGUUUCUAAAUCUUACAGUGGAGCUAAUAAUAGUAUCUGCCCCGUACUCUAAGGAUCAUAGGAGAAUAGAGGCCUGAUACGCAAAAUUCGUGCAACAGUAGGCCUUCCUUCUCCCUGGCACAGCCCCAGCUUCAUCCAGAAGGUCAUCCUGAAGGACGCUGGUCUGAUUAGCAUAUUAUGCUUUUAUUAUUAUAGAUGGGAACAAAAGCACUAUGUAGUGUGUAUCAGAGGUUGUAAACUUGUGUCUUGUUUGGUCCAUGGUAUUGGCUUGAAUAAUUCUUUUUUUUUUUUUAUCCUCACCCGAGGAUAUUUUUCCAUUGAUUUUUAGAGAGAGUGGAAGAGAGAGGGAAAGACAGAGAGAAAUGUCAAUGUUAGAGAAACACAACUGACUGCCUCCUGUGCACACGCCCCCAACCAAGGCCGGGGCCUGGGGGGCGGGGAGCCUGCAACCAAGGUCCGUGCCCUUGACUGGAAUUGAAUUCGGAACCCUUUGGUCCGCAGGCCAAUGCUCUAUCCACUGAGCCAAAGCAGCUAGGGCUUGGCCUGAAUGAUUGUAAAUUUGGAUUAGUUAGCUAAUUUUAAAAUUUGGGUAUUUCACAGAGAAACUUGGAUUUCUGGCUCCUCUUGAAAAAUGUUUAAAAAACCUAUAGUAACACCGGGCCUGAUUCCCCUGUUGGCAGCAACCUGCUAGAGCUCAUAGUGGUUGCCCACUCUGAUCAGUUCCUCAAAGCUCCCGCCCACCUGACCAGCUUCACUCAUUUUACUUACCCAUCCCUCUGUGACACUAGACAAAAUACAGGAAGGGCACGGGGGACAGGAGUGGAAGCCAAUGGGAGGACAGGAGUGGAA